ACAAGAAGAAGAAAGGCUAGCAGCGAAGCCGCCUGCAUCAUCCGCCGACGGAGCCUGGAGGAACCGAGCAGGAGAACCGGAGAAAAAUGGCGUUCACAUUCGCGGCCUUUUGUUACAUGCUCGCUUUGCUGCUCACGGCGGCGCUUAUCUUUUUCGCUAUUUGGCAUAUUAUAGCAUUUGAUGAGCUGAAGACUGACUACAAGAACCCUAUAGAUCAAUGUAACACUUUAAAUCCGCUGGUGCUGCCAGAGUAUCUCAUCCAUUUCUUCUUUUGUGUGAUGUUUCUGUGCGCUGCUGAGUGGCUCACCCUCUUCCUCAACCUGCCGCUGCUGGCGUAUCACGUCUGGAGGUAUGUGAGCAGACCGGUGAUGAGCUGCCCAGGCCUCUACGACCCAACCACCAUCAUGAAUGCUGACAUCCUAGCCUAUUGUCAAAAAGAAGGCUGGUGCAAACUGGCUUUCUACCUGUUGUCAUUCUUCUACUAUCUCUAUGGAAUGAUCUAUGUUCUGGUGAGCUCCUAAAGAGGUCAGGAGGAUCUGCCCCUACAGUAAUGACCAGACACUAUGAUCCAAGUGCUGGAACACUGGACCUGCUGGAGACCACUGAUGAGCAACACCAGUCAUUUCAAGUGGACGAGACCCCCCCAUCCCCCCACCACCAUCACCCACUCACAGUGCAGAGAGUCAUUGGGAAACUGUUAGCCUCUAAAAACUGUCGGCUGCAGCAUUUCCUUUCAAAUGCCACAAAUCUGGAAUCGCAGACAAGUUUCUCUUUCCCCUUUUUUGUUUUUGGUAUAUUUUUUUUUUAAUGUUUGGUUUGGAUAAAAUUAGUUUUCCAUUUGAGCUGGGAAUCUAUUCUGCUUGUUUGUUUUUUCAUGUAUAAUUUUGAAGUUUAACAGCUGCUGUUCUCAGACCGCCUGGUUUAUUAUCUAUAAGAUCGUAGCUGAAGAAGUGAUGAAAUAACAGAAAAGAUAUCCAACAGUCUUGUUUUUUUUUUUUAUUAAAACUUUAAAUAUUUCAACUCCGCCAUGUUCUCCAUGUCCGAUGUUUAGUUUCAUCCUUUGAAUCCAGAAAGGUUAAACGAGUUGAAGUGGUUUCUGUUGUAAAUUUCUCCUUGCUGCUCAGUUGAGCAAAAGGUGGAUUUAACCGUGAAGUUCUUCUGCUCAGAGAGUCAUAGCGCUUCAGUAGCUAGCAGCAGAUGUGCCAUACUGGUGACUGUAUAUUCUUUUUGUUUGAACAUAAAUAGUCCUCAUUGUUAGCAUCUCUGGUCUAUUUAUUGAUCUCUGGAUUUAUUUUUUUCUACCCUUUGUGACGUCAAGCACUCCUGAAAUGUGACUCAUCUCCACCAAACAUGAUUUAGUCCAGUAAAGAUCAUUUAGCUCAACUUUUCACUGGUUUGGGAAUAAGUUUUACAGGCAUUUAUAUGCAUCAUACCUUUGUUUGAUUUAAGAAAAAAAUAUUUGAAUCUACAAUAAACUCCUAUUAUCAAAAUGUUUUU